AGCAAUUGGCUGCUUUUCUUUUGAGGUUUUGAAGGAGGUGAGCACUCUUCUCCCCCAGUUUAAGAUGAUGGUAUAUAGGAUGAGGUAUCGUGUCCUGCCUUCCUUUCGAAAUUCCACAUCCUUCUGGCUUGCUCUUCUAAUAGGAAUGAAAUGGGCGGAAAGGGGCCUUAGUUGUCCAUCUGACUGCACGUGUGACAGACUGGAAGUAGACUGUUCUGGAAAGAACCUACUACGUUUUCCAAGCCCAAUUCCACUGACUACCAAGAAGUUGUAUAUAGCUCAGAACCAUCUCACCUGCUUAUCACCAUUACAAAUGAACCUUCUGAAUGAUCUAGUGUACUUGGACUGCAGUCACAAUGAAAUAAAGAUGAGCCUGAAUUUUUCCUUUCCUGGCAGUAUCAAGCUGACAUACUUGGACCUCAGUCACAACCAAUUCUUUCACAUAAAUGACAACACUUUCUCAAAGCUGAACAGGCUGCUGCUGCUGAAUCUCUCAAGCAAUGCAAAGAUACAGACACUUGGGUCUGGAACCUUCCAUAACAAUCACUUGCUGAGAUACCUAGAUAUAAGUGGUUGUGGCAUAAGUAUGAUCGAUGAAGAAAUGUUCUUAAAGAUGCAUAAUCUUCGUACUCUUGGACUAAGUAAUAACCCCUGGAUUUGUGACUGUGAUCUCAUGGAUCUUUGCUCAUGGGUAGAUAAGAAGCAUUCAUCUGUAUCUUUCCCAAAGUCUGAGGAGAUGGUUUGCAAUGAACCACGCACAUUGAGAGGGAAGACUCUCAAGGCCGUAAAUGUGAGGCUCCAUGAUCUAUGCCUUUUGCACUUGGACACAAACCAUUUUGUCAUUGUGGCUUUGAUUGGCAUCGGUCCAUUCCUUUUGGGAAUUACGACAGCAUGGCUUCUUGGGAUGGUCACAGUGCUGUAUUGCUACCCUAUGAUGAAGAUAGAAGAUGAGUCAGAUGAUGAAAUGAACUAGGACUGAUUCAGAGCUGCUCUUGGAAGUGUCAGCAUCGAUUGUGAAAGCACCAUCAAUGUGGCCCUUUUGUUGGAUUGCAAAAUCCUUUAAAAGCU